GCAGGGGCGAAUAUAAUCCAUUCGCACGCACACACAUAGCCAUUGGCAGGGGCGACAAAUAAUUGGCAGCGCGCGCUCCGCACACACACCACGACACGCUCGUUCGUUUUUGGAAAAAGUCAAAACCCAUCGUCGCAUUCCGUUGUGUCGUGCCUGUCGACGGCAGUGGCAGAGAGGAUAAACAAAACAAAAUCUAGAAGCAAGUAUUUCCGAGUACUUUCGUUCGAGCCGUUCAGGCCCAUUUUCUGUACUGUGCGUAACAGCAGGCAGGGCCGCAAGGAAAGGUGAAAAUGCCACGAAUGAAAAAGAAGGUUGAUGAGUCGGUUACGGGGCCACCUCCGGCACAGCUGCCCGUGGAAACACUCACGGCCGGUAGGUCGCGGCGUACGAUUAAGCCGAACCCUAAGUAUCAGAACGACGAAAUGGUAAUGAUGUCAACAAGGAGCAUGGAUACGUACGAAGGGAGCGAAGUAAGCGGCGAGGAGUACGAUCAGGAGGAGGACGAGGAGUUGCGUCAGGAACUGUUGGCCCGCAGGGCGAUGCUCAGGUCGGCUACGCCUCAAUCCGAGGGUGUCGUAAAACGCCGCGGAAGACCACCGAAGAACAAAAAUCUGUUGGCUCCGCGAACGGAACCGAUGAAAAAUCUGCGCAAAGAGGUGUUGAAGAAAAUGGACAUGCGAACGCUCAGUAUGGGCCAAUCGCGUCUUCUGGGGUCAUCGCUGGUGCGUGAUGGUCGGCGUAGAUUGGACAUGAGCAUGGAUGCGAUGGACACAGACUCUGCCGACCAGGACGAUCUGGGUAUGGAGGAGCUAGAGCAAAGGGGGUCUGAUGAUGGCAACAGUCUGAAUGCCUACCGCAAGGUCCUCAAUCCGGCGGCUUACAAAAUGCGGAUGGCCGAGAAAACGGUUCUCGUUCGACGGGGAAGCGGGAUGCGAGGCACCGAGAGCAGAACCGCUGACGGCACAACUGAAGAAGAAGAAGAAGAAGAAGAAGAAGAGGAGGAGGAAGAAGACGAAGAUGAGGACGAUUAUUUCAAUGACAGCGACUCACGCACGGAGCGCCAGCUCCAACCCUCACCACCCAGACGUGGCCGCCCUCGGAAGCAUCCGUUGCCCAAAAAGCCAGCCUCACCGUUCGUGGCCAAGGUGCUGCUACCGGGAAUGAAGCACAAGUUGGGUGGCGGGGCGGUUUUGAAGCGAAAAUCGGCUCCCGUGUCGGACUCAGACGAUGAAGGCCGCCAGCAGGAUAGUCAGCAGAGAACAAGAAUGUUACGCCGUUCGUACGGCGUGAAGGGUAGCAAAAAUGACCCCAACGAUACAGAAUCCGACAACGAGGAAGAGGACAAAGACCAACAGCGUAGAGCCCUGCAGCGUACUCGGUCAUUCUCAUCACUGAUGCGCCCAGGACAGUCACGUGUAACGCAAAAAACUGAGCAGCAGGGAGAAAAACAGUCCCUGUCACCGACGAUCACGAUCGUCAACGUGAACGACAUUAUGAAGAAGAAAUCGAAAAGUUCCAUCGACUUGAGACGUCGGAUGGAAGCAGAGGACGAAGAGGAUGAGCCCGCCGAGGAUGAGGAGGCAGAGGAGCAGGACUCGGAUGGGACCAAUGCGGACGACCAGCCCAAAACAAACAACCGGCUGGUGGCGAGUAUCCUCGAGCGGAAGAGACCGAUCGUACUGGAACAGCCGCGCGACGUGCGCCGUAAGACGGAAAUGCUCACGAAAGCAUUGGCAGCGCGUGCCAAACAGGUUGAGGAUGUCGAUUACGACGAGGUCCUGGAAAAGAGCAUCCUCUCUCCCAUCCACAAGGUAGGGCCGCGAGUGACACCGUCCGGUCGUGGCCGCGGUCGCGGUCGCGGCCGAGGCACAUCCAGUGCACUGGCCAAAGAGAAUCUUUCCGGGGGGUACAAAACAAACAACAAUCUGUACAAAGGCGGCACCAACGGGCGAUACUCGCUUGGCGAUGGUCGGCUAAGCGCUGGCAGAGGACUGGCGUUGAAACGACCCAAUCAACCACCACGGAUACUGAAUGCCACCAUGAAGUUGGGCACAGUCUCUAAGGCACAGUCGAAGCUGGCCGCCAGUGGUGCCAACAAUCACUACUCGAUCGAUCUCACCGAUCCGGACAACAACGUGACACUGAUUUCGUCCACCGACAGCACACCCACCAAACGCAUUGUCCCAAGUCCCGGUACAGCACUGCGACCAGGAGCCGGCAGCCUCGUGUUCGCCCGAUCGGCAGCAACGUCGACACCGUUGGCAGCGGGACGUUCGCUGGCAUCGCAAGUGCAAAAACCGGCGGCAACCGGCCGGACGGUGGACGUGAAGAAGAAGAAAGUCACGUGCUACGAAACGUGGUACGUGAUCAGCUGCAAGAACCAGGGCAAUCUGGUGAAGAAACCAACCUUCGCGCUGACAAUGAUUGGGCUUGGCAAUAUCGCAUCCACCAUCCAGCUGCCGUCAGACGCGUGGUCACUCCGGACGGUGCUCGAGCGCCGCAAGACGCCGGCCGGCGAAGGGCAGGAGAUUUUUUGUGGUGCAGUCCAGGACAAUACGAUCGCGGAAGCCGACAAGUUCAAAUUCGAACCGAACCGGAUUAUGUUCCGUCGGAAGGCACCCAUCCCUGGGCGCUUCAACGUGCAGUACGAUAGAACGGUCAUUUUCCGGAACGACACGUACAUGAUCAACGUCGAGGGUCAGAGCUGCCGGCUGGUGGGAGCGCCGGUCUUGCUCGAAACGCUCGAAGACAUUGAAACCCUGCUGACGAUCGUGGAUUUCAUCGACGUGGAAAAUAGCUGCGUUGAAGUGGCUCAGACCGGCCGCUCGUUUGACGCCAGUGUCUUUCCCAAGCGUAUCGUCGUCAAUAGUAGUAACAGAGGCAUUGCGACCUAAUGGUGGCACACGGAGUUGGACGCAGGAAGGAGGCCGUUAUAUACCCUAGAGGUGUUACCUACACGGUUCGUGUAGGUUGUACAAAUGAAAAAGAAAGCGUGCAGCCCCUUUGCGCUUAUCGUUCAACAAAUGAUUAAAUUGAAAAUGAAAUGAUUUUUAAGCGCAACGUGCUCUUGCUCAAAACGGGCCGUUUUGUGCCGAGGGGGACUAUCAAUCUAUCAAUUCGAAGCAUAGCGGGCAGUAAUUUUGUUCUACAGAUACGUGUACUAUUCACACCGCGGAUGGUCACAGCGUUUGGUGUAAUGUGUGGAGGCACACACACACACACAAACCUACAACAAAACCACACCCAGCGGUUCCGGUCUGCAGUCUGUAAAUAGGACAACACUCUACACCCGGGGAUGGGAAUCACGAUCUAAUCCGUAAUUUUAGACACCGUCACCAUUGACAUCCGUUAUAGUUUGGACUAAGCUUUGGACCUGUUAGAUUGCACCAAAUUCAAUCGACUUCAAUAAAGAACUUUAUGUUCCGUAACGUAUAGUUUAGUGAAUA